GACUACAUUUCCCGAGAACCCCUGCGCGCGCUUGGGCGCAGAGCCUGUUAACACGCGGUUCUGGAAGUGUGGUUCAGAGUUAAAGCUGCUACUUCUGAGUUUGAGCUCCUGGUGCGGCAGUCUGCGCGAUGCCCAAGGUCAAGGGAAAGACUCGGAGGCAGAAGUACGGUUACAAUGUCAACCGAAAGCGUCUGAACCGGAAUGCUCGUCGGAAGGCAGCUCCACGGAUCGAGUGCUCUCACAUUCGACAUGCCUGGGACCAUACCAAAUCCGUGCGGCAGAACCUGGCGGAGAUGGGGUUGGCCAUGGACCCCAACAAAGCGGUUCCCCUCCGAAAGAGGAAGGUAAAGGGCAUGGAGGUAGACGUGGAGGAGAGACCCAAGGACCUUGUGCGGAAGCCCUACGUGGUAAAUGACCUGGAGGCAGAAGCCAGCCUCCCAGAGAAGAAAGGAAAUACCUUGUCUCGCGACCUCAUUGAAUAUGUUCAUUACAUGGUAGAAAAUCAUGGGGAAGACUAUAAGGCUAUGGCCCGGGAUGAGAAGAAUUACUAUCAAGAUACCCCAAAACAGAUUCGGAAUAAGAUUAAUGUCUAUAAGCGUUUUUACCCAACAGAGUGGCAAUCCUUCGUUGAUUCUUUGCAGAAUAAGAAGAUGGAGGUUGACUGAGUGGUGUGCAUCCCCUGACAAGGCUUGUAUUGUUUCAGAUGAUGCUGGCAAAGUGUUAUAGAAUCAGUUUUUACACACAUACUCACUCACUCUCCUUCAUCAGAAGGAACUUUUCUUUUUCUUUUUCUUUUUCUUUUUUUGGGGGGUGGGGUGGGGGUGUCUCUCUAAUAGCCGUAGAUGUCCUGGAACUUGGCUUUGUAGACCAGGCUGGCUUCAGACCCACAGAGCUCCACCUACCUCUGUCCUGAGUUCUGGGAUUAAAGGGAAAGGUGUGCGCCCCCACACCUGGCUGGAGAAGGACCUCUUUAGAGGCUAUGGUUUAUGCUUUCUUGUAGGCUCACAGAAAAGCCAGGACUGGCUCUUCAGUGUCCAGAGGUGAUGCUUUAUUUGAAUGUGAUCUGUACAUAAUAAAAGCAUUUUACCUGUGUAA